UUUGUGUCACACCCGCACUGCCAACACAUCCUGACAAGCCUGUGGUAUGACCAACUUCCCGGCUGGCGAAAGCACCACCCUAUCGUCAAACUCCUCUUCUGCAUUGCCAUCGUGAUGGCUCUGCCCCUGCUGGCAGUCAUUUACCUCAUUCAUCCUCGCGGCAGCGUGGGUCGCUUCCUCCGAAGUCCCAUGAUCAAGUUUGUCAACCACAGUGCCUCCAUCGCCAUUUUUCUGGUGCUGCUGCUUAUCGCCUCCACCGAUGGUCAGAGCAUUAAGGCGUUGGAACAGCGACAGAAGACACGCGGUCCCGAUCCAAAUCGUAUUGAGCUCCUGAUUUUGUGGUGGGUUGCGGAGACCACCCCCUCUCUAAGGACAGGCAUGCCAACAUCUGUUCGCAGUGCUGACCAGAUGGUUGAAGCAGCUGCGUGGGAGCUAUCCAAUGCCAUGCAGGAGACGGUUAAAUUGCCUUAA